GAAGCGCGAGGGAAGGAUACACAAUCGAGAGGAAAGACCCCGUUUUCAAUCUGGAGUUCUGUCGCGGCCCGUUCAAAAUGUUGAGUCCAACGACUUCACAGGACGUGUUGGACUCGCAUCCGUCACCGAGAAAGCCCGAUGCGCUGUGCCUAGUUUGCGGCGACAAGGCGAGCGGGAAACACUAUGGCGUCCAGAGCUGCGAUGGGUGCAGGGGCUUCUUCAAGCGCUCCAUCAGGCGGAAUCUGGAGUACGUCUGCAAGGAGAAUGGCAAUUGUAUUGUUGACGUGGCCAGGCGGAAUCAGUGUCAAGCCUGCAGGUUCAAGAAAUGUCUUCAAGUCAAGAUGAACAAAGAUGCUGUUCAACACGAGCGGGCGCCGCGCUGCUACCAGUACAAACGCGACAGUCCCAAAUUAGAAAGUCCGCUUCCCACACCUAUGCAGGGAUUCCCACAUCCGGGCUUCAUUGACAGAGCAAGGUUCGAAUACACUCCAUUCCAACAAUACAGUCCACCUGUUGGCAUGACUCCAGAUUUCGGCUUCCCACCCAGCCACGUUUUCCACUCACCCCUGUUCGCGCACGACCCGCGCAACAACGGAAUGGCCCGACUAGAGAAUGACAUCAGAAACACAGAGUCUCAGCGGGGCGACCGGACACCACCGGGUAAUAAAACUCCACACAUGAGGAGCCCGAUGUCAGAAGGAACACCAGAGAACCGGUUAAUAAAAUGUGAGAUUUCCGAGACGCCCGAUAGGCGGAGCGCCAGCUGUUCGCCGCCAUCUUCAGCCUCGUCUUCGAAUACGUCUUCGCCGAUCGAGCAUGGGGAGAGGAGGUCACCCAGAUCACCUGCCGACCGACAUCAGACAAGUCCAACUACGUCAUCGGUGCCAUCACCGCUCCGCACCUCGUUACCACUUUUCACACUACCGACAUCUAACGGUGAAGAUAUCAUCAGAUCGACGCCCAUCCAUCCCACCAUCCCCAUACCAACCCACCUGCCAAAUCACAGCGUUUACGUAUCGGCGGCUGCGGAGAGCAUUUACGAAACGGCCGCUAGGUUGUUAUUUAUGUCUGUAAAGUGGGCGCGGAAUAUCCCAUCAUUCUUACAACUUCCAUUCCGGGAUCAGGCGAUACUUCUUGAGGAGUCGUGGAGUGAGCUGUUUAUCCUGAGUGCCGCACAAUGGUCACUGCCCAUCGAUAUAGGUACCCUUGUCUCUGCGAGUGGUGUCGUGAGUCCGCAGUCUCGCGUGAAUGGCGACAAGUCGGCGGAUAUGGUCGCCCAGAUCAAAACUUUGCAAGACGUCCUCUCUCGGUUCAGCAACCUGCGGGUGGACGCGACGGAGUAUGCCUGUCUCAAGGCGCUUGUGCUAUUUAAAACAGAAACGAGAGGUUUGAAAGAUUCCCAUCAAGUGGAGACACUUCAAGAUCAGGCACAACUGAUGCUGAACGAAUACACCUACACGCAUCACAUCAGCAACAAAGUGAGGUUUGGUCGUCUGUUGCUAUUGCUUCCUGCUCUGAGGGCGGUCAGCGCUAAAGUCAUCGAAGAGAUUUUCUUCAGGAAAACGAUAGGAAGCGUGCCGAUUGAAAGACUUCUCUCCGAUAUGUUCAAAUCAAGUUAAACCAAGAGAGAACUUCCUUGGUCAAACGGACUUUGUUCAAAUCCCCCACCAAAUCUCGCACCUGUGACGCCAUAUUUGUGAGAUGUGUUGACAGGUGACGGUCUCACAGACGGCCAUAUUGGCCGAGGCAAAGCGUUCGUGAGACAGAAGUAGAUUUGUCGUGUGAAAUAUGUGCCAAAAUGAUUGGUUGGGUUCCCAACCAAUCACAAGUAGUGUAGUGUGUCCCUAGGACCUGUGGGAUCAACUUGGUAAAAGGCCUAGCAAUGACUUAUCAAGUUUGUUGAUGAAACUGCAUGCCCAGUUAGACGAGUACUUGGAACUUCUCGUGACCUGAUUCAGAAAGAGGAUCGAUAGGAGCAAGAAUGAAAUUGUUCCUGGCGGCAUGCAGCUACAGGCAAGACAUCGGUCAAGGUCAUGUGGUCAGUGGACCACGUUUGCUUCUUAGCAUUUGCAUUUCGGGGAUGGACUGCUAAUUCAAGUAUACAGUACCAGCUAGCUUCGGUUUAGGAAUGACAACUCCCGACGCGAUAACUCUAAGCAAUACUCCAAGUACGAUUUGCGCGAAGAAAAUGUCUAAUGAUACCGUUUAGUUGUGUCGGUGAAGUCCCGGCGCCGCGUUCGAGAUGGAAGCACCCGUAUCUUAUUAAGAAUUACUGUUGCUUUUCUGGUGCUUCCAUCUUGAAUAUAGAUUGUACCUCGAGGCUGGACCGACUUUACAGUUGUUCGACGCUAAGGGAUUUGUAACAGACAUUUUGGUGCGGAGUGCAAUAUAAAAAAUAUUAAUGAUGUGGUCAAACCAUGACGCUGUAUUUAUUCUCAAAUAUUGCAUUUCAUCUUGACUUUGCAUUUUCCGUAUAGCCAAGUUCUUAUAAGCAUACAAUGCAAAAGACCAUCCUUUCGGCAGGAUCUGGUUCUUUCCAGAAUCGCGCUCCACCGCUUGCAACUCCGGAACAGCGCUACAGUUCCGUAGCGGAUCAAUCUAGAACUAAAUGUACUGCAUGUCAAUGUAUGUUUUAUUUAUUGUUGCCGAAAAUAGUGUACAUAGUUAAAUAUUGUACAGUCAAAUUUAAUGCUAAGGACAAUCUUUUGGACAUACAUGUACGUGUGCAAAUACUUGUUUGAAUUUUCAUCUAGUCACGGUAGAUAUGCUGCACACGACGAUCACGAUGUACACAUUUGUACGCUUCUCCGGUUCCAAGAGAGAGGAACGGUUGCAUUUCAUGUCGAGUGUCUGAGUGUAUAGUCACCGUCUUUUGUAAAUAAAUCACUGGG